AUGGCCACCUAUCCUGAGAGCUACUUGGAUGCUACCAUGCUGAACUUCGUUGCAGAUCUCUCUUUGGCCUCUCCAAGACACCCUCUUCUCUGUGACUUCCCACCUGGGGUCCCUUUGGGGGACCAAACACUGGGCUUCAGAGAAAGAAGACCCAGGAGGCUGUUGCAAUUUGAGGAAACAGACCAGGAGGAGGAGGGGAGCGAAGUGAUCUUUGAGGACCGGGAGGAGGAGGAAGAGGAGGGAGAGGGACGCCAGAGAUCCUUGCUGGGUCGCCCCAAAAGGAAAAGGGUCAUCACCUACGCCCAGCGCCAGGCCGCCAACAUUCGCGAGAGGAAGAGGAUGUUCAACCUAAACGAGGCCUUCGAUCGGCUGCGCAGGAAGGUGCCCACCUUUGCUUAUGAGAAGAGGCUGUCUAGAAUCGAGACCCUCCGCUUGGCCAUCGUCUACAUUUCCUUCAUGACGGAGCUCCUGCAGAGCAGCGAGAAAAAGGAGACCCGCUAA